AUGACCAUCACUCUUCAUUGGCAGUGGGCGGGAAGGAAUACAGCGAGGCGGAGGCUACGCGCUUGCAGAUCCGACGCCCUUCGCGUCUUAAGACGAUCUUCACUGACAUUAUCGGCCAGCUGCGGCAAUGUGGAGGCUUGUUCCACCGCUGGGCUACAGCGUGCGAUCCUAAGCUUCCUCAGCGAGCGAGGCCUGUUCGCAGACCCAAAUCUGCCCCUCGCAGUGCUCAAGAAACUGCUGCGUGUGUUCCUCUACUUGGCCUACCACUCCGUCAAUAUCGACGACAUCCAGGCCAUGCUCGCGGUCUUUCGAAGCAUGCGCAUGGUGCACGAGGAGCCUGACGAUCAGGCUGUGAGCUACUAUUUGUCCACACUCGAGAUGAUCGCACGGGACUCGUUUGGACCCGCGUCUUUCUUCGAUCUCAAUGGCGAGUUUUCGGGUCUUUUGAUGCCUGUGCUGCCGGCUUUUCCCAACACUGGAUACACCUUUUGUGCGUGGAUAAAAUUUGAGUUUCUGCCGGAAGAAGUCGCGCCGCUUUUCACUUUUUGCGGUAAAACCGGAGUGGGCAUCACGUGUUCCUUCCUGCGCUCGUCGCUGAUGAUUACGAGCUUUGACAAGCGAAAGAAUGACGGGCACGUGGAAGUACCGGAUCUCGUGACGCCCGGCAGGUGGCAUUUCCUGUGUAUCACACACACACACCGUCAGUUCCGUGGAUCCAAGUUGGACGUGUAUCUGAACUCGGAAUUGCGACAGAGUGUGCGUCUGGCAUACCCGAAUACAGCGCUCAUGGCUCCAGUGGUCAAGGCGUAUUUGGCUAUGCGAGAGAGCAAUGGAACUAACGCACUACGGAUUCUUCUGGGCCCAACAGCGCUCUUUGGACAGGCUUUACCUGCCAGUAUCAUCAACAAUAUUCGCAGCGUGGAUGAAUAUGAUGCACUUGUGUUCCAGUUCAACUCGUACAUCUCGUCGUCGUCCACUUCAUCGGGCAGCGGCGUUAGUGGCGCGCCAGGAGCGCCAGGAGGAUCAAACGCAUCAGGAAACUCGACCGACGGACUGCUGCUCGCUUACGAUGCCCGACACUGCGACCGGCUCAAGGGUCUGUGCUACGAUUCCAGUGGCAAUGACUACCACGCAGCUGCGGCUAGUGCGGGAGUGAGAUUAAGACAUGCUGGAACGUUUAAACAAGCGGUGGCACAGCUAGGCGGACCGCUGGUCUGUCUCCCGUUAUUAGUGACGUCUACUACUGCGGCUGUAUCGACGGUGAGUGCCACGGCUACAAAUUCUAAUGGAAACGCAGACGAUGCGUCAGAGAACACACUUGUUGCAAGGAUCAGUUUGGCCGGAACUAGUGUAGCGCUAACGACCCAGUUCGACGAGGACUCGGACUUCCUCAAGCAAAUGAGCGACCUGAUUGCACGUCCGAUGGGCGUGCGCAGUAUCCCGAAGGUUAUGCUGUUGAUCGCGGAGAUCAUGCGUCAUUCACUGGUCAACAAGUUUAUCUUCCGACGCAGCCAAGGUGUACGUCUUAUGGCAUUGCUGAUGCGCUCGCUGCCACCGCAGUACUUGACUUCUGAGCUGCUAAUCGCCAUCGAGCGGCUUCGUAGCGCCGUCAUUUCGGACCGAAUUCUGGCGGACGAGAUUUACAAAUUCCUGCUAUUUAACUUUCGUAUCUGGGUGAAUGCUCCGGUGGAUCUCCAGGAAAGUAUGUUCGACAAACUGGAGAUCAUGACUCGUAAGGACAGUAAGAAUCUGUCUCCGGCUUCCACACGCCACUUUCUGCGCUGUCUGUCGUGGAUCUACUGGAAGACCCCCUCGUCAACAACACUUCGACGCGCUCGAGAUUUCUCUCAGGAAGAGAUUGAUGUCUUACGGAAGCGUGUGUUGGCAAUGAUCCAGAUCGUGCUGUGUGAAUCCCCCCCGCCCAAGGCUGCCGGUUCGGUUAUGACUUUCCCUGGAAAGGGUAAGGAAGUGAAGUCUCAGUUGUCCUACGAGAGCACGCGUUCUCUUAUUUUCUGUAUGAUUGGAAAGCCAAGUAACCCCAUGGUUCCAGGAAUGAACAUUGAUGGAACGCCGGCGAUUCAAGAGGUUGGACCGUCGAAUGGAGCGCCAUCGUCAGCUACUGUCUCGUCUUCAUCUAGCACGAAGAGCAUACCUGAAAGCGACCUAGAUGGCAGUGGCUCUGUCGUCGAAAACGUACCCGAGACCGAUUUGCCGGACCUGCUCCAGCUACUGAUUGAGCUGUCUAUUCAACCCACGGCUCCUGCUGGAAUGCUGGACCUCUUCGGUCGUUUGGGUGGUCUUCGCAUCUGGUUGCCAUUACUAGAGUUUUCGAACGAUGUCAUUCGUGUCAUGACGUUGCGCUUGCUGCGAACGUAUCUCUACUUGAAGUGUGAGUGCACUCAAGACCGUGAGAUGGUGAACAACCCGGACAAGAUCCAGCUUUCUGUUGGUGAUGCGUAUUUGAUCAUGCAUUCGCUGAAACCUGAGAAGAGGCCCGUGUCCAUGGGAGUUUACUCUGAGAUCCUGCUCAUGAUUUUGGGAAUUCAAGUGACAGAAAAGAAUAUGAAAGCUCUCGAUGGAAAAACAGCAGCAUUCGAUGCACUAAUUGACGAAAAUGUGCUAGCCACUGCGACGAUUUGGCACGACAACAUGAUGCCUGCUUUCUUGGGCCUGGUACGUGCCAGUUCGGUCACGAUUCGCAUGGUUGCUAUUCGCCACCUCAAGAUUAUCUUCGCGUCGUCCACUAUAGCCAGCGCUAUCAACCGUCACAUCCUCAUCUUUGGAAGUAUCUCGAGCAUGGGUGGCACUGCGACUGAAUCGUCAACAACGGAGCAGGUUCCUAUCAUCGAGUCCAUUCUUAGUCUCCGUGGCGAUCCUCAGCGUCUGGAUGACAGCCCCCCGUCUCCGCCUCCGUCGCUCUUUGGUAUCGAACUGCACGGCUGUCCCGGUGUCCCUAUGAGUCGACUGCGAGACAUGGUGUUGAACACGCAAGAGCCCGACGAGGUUCGUGUGAAUGCGCUGUUCUCUAUAAUCACACAAGACGACGUGGAUUUUGUCCGCGGUCUUUUGGCAUUGCAUGGGGACGGUGAUCGUAAGAAACAAGGUGUGAGUGCGAGCUGCUUCAACGACAUGUCAAGCCGCAUGAAGUUGGCGCUCGUGGAGUUGAUGUCCGUGUACCAGCCCAGUGGAUGCGUGGACUUCAUCACGAUGAUGUCGUACGACGUCAUCUCGUCCAUGAUCUGUCUGGAAGUGAAGUCGAACGAGAUGGCCUGGUUCUUACUGCAAGACCCGUUCACGACACUCUCCCGGUUUAUUGCCUCUGCGGAGGAGCUUGAAGUGGUUGUGGUAUCGUUGCUCAAGACUACGCUGGACAAGAUGAAUGAAAUGCUCUCGGCUGAGAUGAAUCUGCGAAUUAACGAGGGCACCCCAUCGCGGGAGUCUAUUCUGUGGCGCAACGCUGAGAGUCUGGCUUCACUUGCAGCUGCUGUAGUGCUUCACUAUGACCCGGAUACACUGGGCGGGGUUGAUCCGAGCACUUUGGUGGGUACCGAUGAUGUUACUCAGAGCUUGGUUUUUUGGAAGUGUGAGCGGGCUAUCUGGCACGAAGCCGAGCUGGUUGACUCGAUUCUCGGCAUCUGGCAGCACUUCGCCUCUCACUUCCACUCAAAUUCCGAUGCCAGCUUCGCGCGACGAUCCAGCAAUGCUCACCGUCGUAACAGUACGCCAACCCGUCAGAUGGACAGCGGACUGCAAAGUCCGCCAUCUUUGGGCUCUGCAGCUCGCUCCAGUGCUGGUACGAGUAUGCUUGGCUUUGGAUUUAACCUGCUGCCAACUGGUGUCGUGUCAAGUGCAUCUGCAGCCAACCCACCGACGACUCCGUUGUCAGGAGGGAGCAACAUUUCCGCUCGUCCUCAUCCUGGCGGACCGAUGCGACAGAUUCUACAGCUGCUGCUACGGUGUUUGUACCUCGUUCUCAUCUCUGACGACCACGAGGCUGCAGCCAGUGGAGAUGGCAGCGACAACGACGAGCUCUCGUCGGUCAAGCUGCGACUUCCUGCCAACUCUGUGUUUUUCCAGCGUAUCAACAAACUAGAGUACUUCAUCAACGCGAUGGGCUUAGGCCACGAGAUCGCGCAGUUCGACUCGUGCUUUGCGCCCUCUCGCUCAGGUUCCAACGGUUUGACCACAACGGCUGGACUGGUCACUGCAAGCGAGUGCAUCAAGGCUUCUCCAGGAGAUGAAACAACGCUCUUGCUCUGGCUGAUUCCAGAGCUCUCGGCUCUGAUUGACCGCGUACGACGAAAGUGCUGGUCCGAGUCAGCAGUCAAGUUGGCCAGCAUCUUGGCGUCUUUGGUGUCCGUGCCUCUUCGUUCGUCCGACCAACUAGUUGAGUUACUUGGUCGCAAUGACUUCACCACAAACAACCAAGAGGUACGUCGCCGGGACUGCUUCUACCAUGAACAGAUGGCCCAUGCGCGCGACAUCCGCGCCAUGCGUCGCGUUGGUAUGUUUGACGAGGAAGCGGAUGAAAAGAAUCGUGCUAAGCUCGAGCUGGAGAGGAUCAGCAAGUUCACUCGCUCUUUGACUUCGUUGGGUCCUCCUUCUAGCAAUGGCGAGGACCACGUCUGGCUGGAACGGGUUAAGGCGAAGGAUAUUGAUGACUGGAUGAAACUUCGCGUGUUGGCCAAGUGGGGCGUGCGUCAUGUCUGGGGAGUGAAGGAAGAAGCGGUGGUGGAUGCUGUGGGCGAUGGAACUAUCAUCGGUCUCUGGGGUGACAACGAGUUUUGGCGUGUGGAUAUCUACACUUCGAGUAACUGGAUUCGCUGUCGUCUGCUCCCUGAUACGGAUGAUACGAUCUCACAUAACUUUAAAUUGUCGAGUCUGAAGAACGAGAUGCUCAACAAUAUGGCAGACGAACUGACGAUGCCGCCAGUGGACUCAAUCGUUGUGGAUGACGCAUCGGGUGAUUCAACAGAGCAGACACUGGAGGAGGAAGAUGAUGAUGAAGCCCAUACUGUUAGCAGUGGCGGCGAUGGAGAUGGAUCGGAUGGCGGAGAAAGCGAAGAGCCGGCCUACGUUGGAUUGGCUCGACGUCUCAGUGACGUGGGCUAUAUGGAUGACGACAGUAGUCCGUCGCAGCUUGAAGCCAGUGGCAGCAGAGACGAUGUUCCACCCCGCUCGAUGCUGCGUGAUCGCAUGCACAGCAGUGAUAGUGUGGGCGAAGUUGUUGAUGCGUCUUCACGCUUGGAUAUCAUCGGUCAAAACCCGGACCUCAUUUCGACUGCGCCGUUGGCGUUGGCACCGCCCACCCCAGAGGUCAGUGACAACGUCACUCCUGUAAACGAGGACGACUCGCCCAUCAGAGACCGUCGUGCUGUAUCCAUUGAUGUGGCAACCACAGUCAAGUCAGCCAAGGGACGCAUUGGAACGAUAUCUACGCGGUUCUCCUCUGGUAUUAAGCGUCUUGCGGGUGCUCGUCCGACUACUUUGUCAGGAUCUACCAGUGCUGAAAUGACUGGCUCCCACAGAAGCCUCUCGAAUGUUUCCGAAGAAGACGGAGAUGCUAACCCGCAGGACUCGCCGGAUACAGCAGGAGAGGAAAUGUCGAGGAAAGAACCUACUAAACCUUCAAGCCCAACCGAACCAAGAUCAUCUGGGCCGUCGUCACGCAUGAUGAAGAAGUUCCCAAGCAAGCACGAGCACUGGAAAACGCUGGGAUCUCCGUACCGCACCAAGGCUUAUCUGGUGCUGCCGUCGGGUGUUUUGGUGCAUGGUGUGCUUCGUAUUGGCGCUGCGACUAUUGUUUUUGAGGGUGAACGUGUCGUGACUUUACGUGGAAUAGCAGAUGCGUUUAAAACAAACGAAGAUGGAGGAACUGCUGCUCGCCAGCGCGGUGCGCAGCGUCUCCAUGCAGCGUACGUGUCCCAGUUGAAGCGCCGUGUGUGGGGUGUCCGUGUGAUCCGUGUGAUCCACAGGCGGCGAUUCCUUAUGGAGGGCCAGAACGGCCUCGAAAUCUACUUUGUAGAUGGAAGCUCGUGCUUCUUUGGACUGGAAAGCAACGGAGAGGCCGAUUUGGUGUAUGCCACGCUCAGAGAGCGAAAGCCGCCAUGCCUCGCCAAGUGGGGCAAGCGGUUGUUGUCAGCUGACCGAAUGCUCUCCAAGAGCAAGUGGACAGAUAUGUGGGUGCGUCGUGAGAUCAGCAACUUUGAGUAUCUUAUGGCGCUCAACGUGUCGGCAGGUCGUUCAUACAACGAUCCUUCUCAGUACCCUGUCUUCCCGUGGGUGAUCAAGGAUUACGAAUCGGCAGAGCUGCGCUUGGAUGACGAAGACAUUUAUCGCGACUUGCGUCGGCCUAUCGGAGCACAAACAGCUGAAGCUAUUCAGCGUGCGCGUGCAACGUACGAAGGUUGGGACCCCAAGACUCCCAUCCCAGCAUUCCACUACGCGAACACGUACUCGCACGUGCAGUCCGUGCUGUACUUCUUGAUCCGACUAGCGCCUUUCACUGGCGCUGUUUUGGGCAGCGAGGAACAGCAGUUCCACCUCAAGGCCGCUGGCGAACCUACGUUCGAUUCUGUUCCUGAAGCCUUCCAGAUGUGCACGAGUGACGAGCGGCACAUGUUUGAGCUGACUCCAGAGUUUUUCUACUUGCCAGAGCUGUUCUCAAGUGCUCGAAACAAGACCCUGGCUCGGCACUUCACACCGGGACAGGAUGUCAGUGCGACGGCAGGUCUAGCCCGUGACGUGGCGCUUCCUCCUUGGGCGGCGUCUCCGUACGACUUCGUACGACUUCACCGCCUGGCACUCGAGAGCGACUACGUGUCCAGCAACCUGCACCACUGGAUUGAUCUUAUCUUUGGCAACAAGCAGACUGGAUCUGCGGCUGUGGAUGCACUGAACUCGUACCACAUUGCUUGCUACCCGGAGCGUCUGGAUCUCGGCACCUCGAGCGAUGGUGUGCGUGCGAAGCUCGUUCAGCGUGGUACCGUGCCGAUCCAACUUUUCCGUAAGCCGCACCCGGCACGUAUGACGCAGGAUGAAGCACUGGAGGCUCGCUACCCUGCUUCACACAGUAUGGCCGUGCUGUCUUCGCGGCGACAAGUGCGUCGUCAUGACCUCCCGUCCAAGCACACUGCUGCUGUUAAGAGUGUGCGCUUUUCAAAUGCAUUGAAUCAAGCCGUGGCGCUUACUGCACUUACUGGAUCGGGUCCUGGACUAGGAAGUGGCACCGGAAUGGGAGCGCACAGCACCGGUAGCAACGACCACGGCGUUGUCGUGUACACGACGGAUAGCGAUGGUGUUGUCUUGGCGAAACGCUACUUGAACUCUGUACCUGAUACGGUACGUUCGUGCCCGUUCUCGAUGGUGGACGUGGACCAGUGGUGGAAGCUUCCUGCUGGAUGUCUCGUGAGCGAAGGUGUCGUGUUCUACGAGCAAAUGAUCAGCUGCGGCUAUUGGGACGGCAGUUGGCGCAUCCACUGGGCUGCUGAUGGCGAGCUUUUGCAACGAAUCGCCUUCCACAAAAAGCCUAUUCUGUGUAUGGCGCGCAGCGAAGACGACUUUACUGGCGAUUUGGCAUUGGCGUUCGGCAGUGAGGAUUGCACAGUAUCAGUCUGGGCGUUGUCAAAGCUCUCGGCUUCUCGCUCGCGACGUCUCUUCCUCAAGAAGGAGCUGCCUGUGGGUGGUCUGCCGUGGGUUCUGCUGGUUGGCCACACGAGUCCAGUGGUUGCUGUUGCUCUUAAUGUGGACUUAGAUGUGGUCGUCAGUGCAUCGAAGCACAACAUGCUGCUGCUGCACUCGCUCCGCGGCUCGACACCACUCCACGCUCUGGCCCUCACACCUGGUCCGAUGGAGACGUCUGCUGUUGCUCACAUGGUCAUUUCGGCGCAAGGAGACACGCUGGUUCACUCCAUCACAACUCACAAGACCCAGCGUAGCGGCCGCUUCUCUCGUGCGAAUUCGCUCUUUUCGGAUGACAAGGCUCGGCUUACGGUCGGUGAAUCUAGUAGCAACAAUAGCAGUAUGGUGGCUGGCGGACUGUCCAGUAGCGGAUACGUCGCGACGAAUGAUCAGCAUGAGAAGCGGAAUGAUGGCGCAGAGCAGCAGUCUGAACUGUACAUGGUAUCCAUUAACGGUCAUGUGGUAUCCCACGACAAGCUGGUUGUGAGAGGAGAAGAAGUUGCCGAUGGUGACGAUGACAAGGCUCAGAUUCCACAUUUACUACUAGAGCGCGGUGUAUUAUUCACGCGCUCCGGUGAUGCGUGA